AUGAUGGACAUGGAGGGCUUCCUAACCCAGCGCAUCGACAAGCUCAAGGAGCAGCUACACAAGGUGCAGCACAAGAACUGCGAGCAUGAGAUCACGCUGCUCCUACAUGACAUCAUCGUGGGGCGCCGCUCGGGCCUCAUGGGCUUCUCCGUCGAGGAGAUCACCGGCCUCGGCUGGAUGGUGGAGAACCCUACAACAUCGGCCUAG